AUGCCGCACCAACCACAGUCCCAGCCCAGCUUCCUCAUCGUCGGUGCCGGCGUCUACGGCGCCUCGACGGCCCUCACGCUCGCCCGCCUGGGAUACCGCUCCAUCACGGUCCUCGACCGCUCUACCGACGGAUUCGCCGCACCGGACGCGGCAUCCAACGACGUCAACAAGAUCGCGCGCUCGGCGUACUCGGCGCCUCUCUACCGCAACCUUGCCAAGGAGGCGCUGUCGCAGUGGCGCACCGACCCGACCAUCUCGCGCUUCUACCACGAGGUCGGCCUCGUGCUCCACUCGGGCAUCGCCGCACUCAACGGCGACUCGGCCAGCGGCAUCACCGACGACGCCGAGGCCUACGUCCGCAACGGCGUCGAGAACUCCGUCGAGAAGGGCGGGUUCGCCGAGCUGCCCCGGCCCGGGCUCAAGGGCUUCGGCAAACGGCAGACCGGCUACAUCGACCCGCGCGGCGGCUGGACCGAGGCCAACGCCGCCGUCCGCGCCGUCCUCGCCGAGGCCAUCCGUCUCGGCGUCAAAGUGGUGCCCCGCUGCGUGGCAAAGGAGCUCCUCUACCACGACCGGCCCUCAUCGACAGGCAAGCGGGUCGUGCGGGGCAUCCGUUCGGCCGACGGAAAGGAAUACACGGCCGACCACACCGUCAUCGCCGCCGGCGCGUGGUCACGGCUGCUGCUCCAGCAGCUGCUGCCCGGGUCGUCGAUCAACGCGCUGCCGCCCGCCUCGCCGUCGGCGCAGUGCGUCGUGCUGCUCCAGCUGACGCCCGAGGAGCGCGCCGUGCUCAAGCACGCCCCCGUCGUGCUCAACUUUGACACGGGCCUGUACGUCUUUGAGCCGACGGCCGACGGAGUGCUCAAGAUGGCCAUCCACAGCGCGGCGGGCUACCAGAACCCGGCGCCGCGCCUCGACCUCGAGACGGCCUACCCGACGUUCCAGCAGGGCGAGGAGCGCCACUGCGCCCAGCCGUCGGCCAUCUACAAAGAGUCGGCCGACCAGUUCGUGCCGGAGGACAAGGUGCGCACGAUGCUCGAGGAGCUCUACACGCUCUACCCGCUCCUCCGCGCCGUACCCGCCGAGCGCAUCCGCACGCGCAUCUGCUGGUACAGCGACACGCUCGACGAAAACUGGGUGCUCGACCACCACCCGGACGUCGACAACCUCGUCGUCGCCGGCGGCGACAGCGGGCACGGGUACAAGUUCCUCCCGACGCUCGGGCGCCUCGUCGCGGCCAAGCUCGGCGUCGAGGGCGUCCCCGAGCUCACGCCGUACCAGCAGCGCGUCUUUUCGUUUGAGCACCACCGCGAGCUGGCGGAGAAGGUCAAGCGGGGCGAAAAGGUCGAGAGCGCCGAUAGCGGGCGCGCGCCUGGUGGCGGCGCUGCUGCAGGCAAGCCGGUCGCAGAGAGGACCAUGAGGAUGGACAAGUCGGCCACCUCCAAGUCCAACCCGCGUGCCAGAUUGUAG